AUGAUCAGCGCGCUGCCAGUCUCACCGACAGUCAUCCGAGUGAUCCGCGUCUUUCGAAUAGGCCGAGUCCUUCGCCUCGUCAAGUCAGCAGUCGGUAUUCGGACUCUACUCUUCGCACUGAUCGUCUCUCUGCCGGCUCUAUUCAAUAUUGGCCUCCUUCUUUUCCUCGUUAUCUUCAUCUAUGCCAUCGUUGGCAUGUCAUUCUUCGGUGAGCUGUCAUACCAUGCGGGGAUAGAUGCUGAUUUCAAUUUCGAAACCUUUCCACAGGCGCUGAUGGUGCUGAUACAAAUCUCGACAUCAGCAGGUAAGACACCGUUUUCAUCGUAA